CAACCUGCAUGAUGCUAGGUAGAUACAUCUACAUAGUCUCACUACUAUCCACCGUCAGAUUGUGAUCCACAUCAUGCUUUGGUUCACACUUUUUAUGUCUCUAAACUCCACAACAUUGUACUCACCAUGAAGAACCAAUUCAUAUUUUGUUUGUAAUAUUCCAUCCAUAUGCAUGUUAAAAAUGAAAAGGAAUUUCUGAUAAAGUGAUAGUUGAGUCUAGACCAAUAUUGGCCUUGACAGUACUGUGAAAUUGAUUUCACCAAGAUGUGAAAUGAAGAUGUGCUACAAUGGAUAGUUUCGGUGUAGAAUAUUCAUAUAUGAUUUACAUGUAUGUGCAAGUUUCAGAAAGACAUAUUUCCCAAAUUGUGCAAAUGUGCAAGUUCACACGGGAUUGAUAAGUAUGGCAGCACCUGUGUGUGUAAAACUGCAAAUAAGUCCACUGCUUACAGUUGGACCAAAUUGAACAUCAAAACCCCAUUCAAGUAGGACUCUUUCUCUACCCUCCUUUCUAGGAAAUGGUGAUGUCCCCAUCAGUCAUCCUGUCAAUUCGAAGAGAAAUGUCUAACUUAGACCAGUUUAGUCUCAACAGUCAUUUCGUGAGAACUUUCAAUACCUUUACCGCUUGGUAGACAAAAGAGAAGAUGGUAUUUGACACUCAUCCAUUACAGCUUGAUUAGUACUUCUGCAACACAGAUAGGCCAAAGACCAUUGCUCGGUAGUAAACUGGAAGGAUGCUGGUGUUAUCUCUCUUAGUUCUCUUCUCCUUCUCAGCAUCUUCGGCAGGCCAGGCAAUCUGUAGUGACAAUAAUGGCGGCAUGUACAUGCCAAACAAUACCUACAAAGACAACCUCAUAUCCCUCGCCAAGUUACUGUUUGCUAGCGCCGCUGAGGAGCACUCAGCCGUUGGCAGGGCUGGCACAGGACCAGACAAGGUCUACGGUGCAGUGCUUUGUCGGGGCGAUUCUGACAGCUCCGACUGUCAUAAGCGCCUAACCAAGGCCCUUGAUGAAGCAAUCAACAGCAAAGCUGGUGACUCUUACUCUCUCCAGAGCAAUAAGGAUGUGACCUACUACUACGAUGAAUACCAGGCACAGAUAAGCUUCUCCGACAAGGACUUCCUUUCCAGCUUCAGCAACAUGCCCAGGUGCACUGUGAAUACUAACCUGAAUUCUGUGACGGCCACUGUAACCGAGCGUUUCGAAGAUCUUGUCACCAAACUGAUAGAUGCCCUUGCCGAUGUUGUGGUGAGUCAAGCAGAUAAAUAUGCAGUCGGCAAGGUGUGGUUUGAGGAGACAGGACAGACAGUGUACGCGAUGGCUCAGUGCAUACAUGACAUGCCAUAUGAGCGCUGUGCGGUGUGCCUAGAUGACAUGAUCUCUCACAGGCAGAGUAACAUCAGCGCUGGUCAGAUGGGAGCGGCAUUUCUUGGGGUCUGGUGCACAUUGCGUUAUGAGACGGAUACACAGUUCUUCACUGCUACCAAGAUGCUAUCGCUCAAUGCGCUCCCAAGAAGUAAAACACACUUUUUUCGAUGGAACAAUGCAGUCUUGGUCAGCGUUGGAGGUUUCCUACUAGUACUAUUCAUUUCUUGCUUGGUAUUCCAUAUAUGGAUCAACACACAACGACGAAGAGAACAAACAGUGUUUAAACUACGACGGCUGUAUUUGUCAAUACAAGUUGCAAUAAAUCUUUGGAGGACGGGAGGAGCCAACCCAGAAUUUUCACUGUAUGAUUUCUCCCAGAUAAAAGAGGCUACAAAUAACUUCUCGGUCGAUAACAAACUGGGACACGGUGGCUUCGGUCCUGUAUAUAAGGGCAGAUUGAGAAGUGGACUUAAAAUAGCAGUCAAGAGACUGGAGACGUGUUCUUUGCAAGGUUUACUGGAGUUCCAGAACGAAAUUCAACUUAUAGCAAAGCUUCAACACAAAAAUCUCGUUAAACUGCUGGGAUGUUGCAUUCAAGGAGAUCGAGAAAAGAUGCUUGUAUAUGAAUACAUGGAAAACAAAAGCCUAGACUACUUCAUUUUUGAUAUGGUUAAAGGAGCGCAAUUAAACUGGUCAAACCGUUUGCACAUAAUUGAUGGGACAGCUCAAGGUCUUCUUUAUCUUCACAACUACUCACGAUUAUGUGUUGUUCAUCGGGAUUUGAAAGCAAGUAACAUUCUCUUGGACAGUGUAAUGAAUCCAAAAAUAUCUGAUUUUGGGAUGGCUAGAAUUUUCUGCUCAAAUAUGGCAGAGUCAAAUACCACCAGAAUAGUGGGCACACAUGGCUACAUACCUCCAGAGUAUGCUUUUGAGGGGGUUUGCUCGAUCAAGACAGAUGUAUUUAGCUUUGGCAUAUUGGUUCUGGAAAUAUUAACUGGAAAGAGGACAGCCCACUUCUACCAAUACAAUGGAGAACUAUAUAAUCUCGUCGCAUACGCCUGGCAACUUUGGAUAGAUGGAAAAUGGGGUGACAUGAUUUAUUGUCCAACAGGGAACAAAUAUCAUGAGAUAGAAAGGUGCAUUCAUGUGGCACUUUUAUGUGUUCAAGAAAGUGCGGAGGACCGACCUGCUAUGGAGCGUGUUGUCACAAUGCUAAGCACCAAGAACAUGAGCUUACCCCCGCCUAUGCAACCGGCUUACUUCCAUGUAAAUCCAAGUGAGGAAGAUGUUUCAUCAUGUAACAUUACUAUAAGCAUCACAUUAGAAAGGUAGCACCACAUAGUCAUCAAUUCUCAGAAAUAUACUAGUUGCAUUAGUUAAGCUUAUCUGCACCCAAAGGAAAUAAUUGGCAUAAACAUAGUGAUCUCUAUGCACAUCUCUUUGUCUUAUUUUUU